CUAUGGUGCGGUCACGCCGCGACUGACGACAGCCACUACCCACAGACCAGAGUCACUCAGGGCGCGGAGUCUAAGCCCCAGGCUACCCUUCACCAGGGCCCCUGAUGGUGGGGAUGGACUUGACGCAGCCUGAGACCAGGUCGCAGCCCUCGAGUUACCCCAGCUGCGGCGUACAGCUGGCCGGGUCAAUAACAACGGAGCAGACAGUACUAGACGGUAAGCAAAGAAUACUCAGGUCACGGGCCGGGUUCAGCAACGGGAGGUCAGGUAAAGGGUUAAAGCAGUGAAUAGUCUUGUCCAAGCCGAGUCGGUUACCAGGAGAGCAACGAGAACAGAACAAGAGCUUGCAACAAGGAAACAUACAGGACACGAAUGCAGAGCGCACUUGCAGACAG